UGCAUUCGUAAACACAAGUUGCUGCCAGGCCCAGUGCCUCCUGCCCACAAGAGAGCAGCUGUCCCCGGGGAUACGGGGUCUCCCCAGCUGUCUACUGUCGCCAGGACUGCAGCCCCCCAGGCAGAAGUGCUCAGCAAGCCCCUAUCAUCUCCAAGAAUAAACUCUGAAGCCAGCGACUGCGUGGAUCUGAAUCAUCGGGGAGCUGUCAGAGGAGGGGGAGUGACUUCCCGGGACAGGCAAGCAGACUAUAUAAGCCCCAGAGGGCUGGGCGCUGCUUAAAUCUCUUCCACAGCCACUACCUGCCAGGGAGCAGCUCCCCACAGCACCCACCAUGUCCCAGGCUGGCGCUCAGGAAGCCCCCAUCAAGAAGAAGCGGCCCCCUGUGAAGGAGGAGGACUUGAAGGGGGCCCGAGGGAACCUGACCAAGAACCAGGAGAUCAAGUCCAAGACCUACCAGGUCAUGAGAGAGUGUGAGCAAGCUGGUUCUACUGCCCCGUCAGUGUUCAGCCGCGCCCGGACUGGGGCUGAGACGGUGUUUGAGAAGCCCAAAGCCGGACCCGCCAAGAGUGUCUUUGGCUGAGAAAUGCAUGCCACCCCCCUCACCACAGGCACCACUGCGACACAAGAACUUUUCCCAAGAACUUUUUUUUUUCCAAGAACUCUUUUUUUAUGCCAGAACACACCUUCUCACCUGACGCCUUGGGGAAUGCCACCCCUGCCCCACAGCCCUGGCCCCUCAGCCCAGGGACUCUGCACUCACACCUGGGAAAACACCAAUAAAGAGAAUGCCCAAGUGGCCCUAGCGUU